AUGAACUCGCUGUAUCUGUGUGGACCGACCGGCAGCAGUGGUCUUUACCCGUUUCCCCGCCUGAACUCGCUGUUUUAUGACGCUCACCAGCAGGUGGCAGCACAACACCGGCCUCCAGCUGCAGCGCCCAUCCAGAGCCUCACUGUGGCGGAGCGCCUUGCGGAGCUCAUCCUUGAGGCACGCUAUGGGAACCAACAGAAACAGAGACGGAGCCGCACGGCCUUCACCGUGUCACAGCUGCAGGCGCUGGAGAAAGCCUUCCAGCAAACCCAGUACCCAGACGUGGGCAUGAGAGAGAGACUGGCCGUCUGCAUCAACCUCCCAGAGGCUCGCAUCCAGGUGUGGUUCAAGAACAGGCGUGCCAAGUUUCGCAAAGGCCAGCGUUUUGCCCCUCUCCCAAAAGGACGAGGCCCAGAGGACGCCCGUGACAGCAAACAAGCGAAAGAAGAACCGACGGAUGAGGAGAAAGGCUCCAUUUCCCAAACGCAACAUUCAUCCAGCAGGGACAUCAGUCCCAGUCCCACCAGCGCUUCCCAAGAGGAGCCGGCUCAUUUCCAUCCUCCGUCCCGUCUGCAUUCCCCAACGGCUCUCCCACCGUUUAUAUUUGGAGAGCGGCAGCAGCAUCCAGUGCCUUGCGCUCUGGGCCUUCUGUCAUCGGCUCUACCUUUCCCUCCUGCGUUCUUACCCAUCAUACAGCCACACAGUAAUGCUGCAGAUAUGGUGCCAAUGGGCAAAUGCAGCGGCCUUGGGCUACAGAGUGCCUGUCACACUAAAUCCAUGGCUUAUCCACGUGUGGACUUGUAG